AUGUCUCGGAGAUCGUUUUAUUUCUCCUCUUCUUCAUCCACGCGAUCACAGGAGCUGGAGCAGCUCAGCAAGAUUGAGCAGGAAAUCACGCUGACCUUGCAAGAAAUUGACAAAAACUUGAGCGUUUCGAAUAGCAUCAUUAACGAGAGCGUGAUACCGCGAUUAGUAAAGUUCCGUCACAGCAGCAGCAAGAUCUGGAGUAACGUGGAGUUCUGGAAGACCUUUUUUGAGAAUAGCGCGAAUGUCGAAAUCACCACGGAGGAGGCCGACAAGACGGGCGUGCCCCAGGAACAGGAGCCUGCGAUGGAGCCAACUCUCGCGGCGACAAAUAACUCCCAGUUCAACGAGAUCAAUCAGCGAUACAAAGAGCACAUUGACAACGAGGCGAACGAGACGUCAACGACGGCCACAGACACGGUUUCUCUGUGGAAAGAAGGUGCUCGCAAGCGGUUGGCAAGCUCCACGCCAAAUAGAAAACCAGGACUCGACAACGACUCAAGCAGCUUGAUGCCGGCUGUCCAACUGCGGUCGGACGACGUGGAGCGCGAGCAGGCCGAAAAACAAUCGCAUGUGCCUGACGAGCUGACGACCAGUAAUAUUUUUGACGCCUCGACGGUGCAGCUGCCGGAAACACAAUGGAAACUGACCAAGAGCCCGAAAAAGAAGACGCCGAGCCCAGUGCGGAAAAAGCAAAAAUCAAUAGCUACACAGUACGAUUCGUCGCCUAUCGAAGAGCCCCCCGUGCUCAAAUCGGCUGCCUACUUGUCGCCAGUGCGAAAAGGCUCGCGAAGCCCGCAGAAGGAGAACGACGACGAGCAACGGUUCCCCAAGUCUCCAAAGUACGGAGCUGGCGGUACUCUGUUGCGCAACACAAGGGGUACCGAGAUCGCUCUCAAUUUUGCCCGGUCGGAGCUGGCCUCGACGACGGCGGACUUUUCGUACCAGACAGCGCCGCUGCCCGGCAUUCCAGGUGCAACCAACGACUAUGGACUCAGUUCGUCGAUCUUGAACCCGGAGUCCACGACGAUGGAUGAAGCGCCCCAACUACAGUCGCAGCUGCCCGAAAAAACGCCCGAGAUUGCGUCGUCCCCGGUCAAAGAUCCCGAGAACCCAUUUAUCGAGUAG